UGCCUGCCUGUCUGUCUCUGUCUGUCUGUCUGUCUGUCUUCAGCUCAGUUCACGUGCCGUGGUCAUUUUCCGCGUUUGUUUCCCGUCAGAAUGUGAGGAUGUGGCGCCCUCCAGUGGACACUCACCAUCCGUGCAUGUCUUGAUCUAUUUUCAUCUUUUAUUUUUCGAACCGAGAAUCGGACCGUGACUCUCGCGACCUGGCAUCCGUUUCACAUUUCAUAUUUUGCCUUGAUUUUGCUUUUCCAACGUCAUGAGUUCAUUUCAUGACCAAGAUUGUCAAGUUCAAUUUGAGUUGAAGGAAUACCUGAGCAGGCCGAGUCUCUCGUGUUGAUGUGGCAUUUGUGUCGGCGGCGUCUGGUGUCACUUGCGCCGCCUCCGGGCUCGGUGUUACUCCCGGCCGGAGGCACAAACGGGUCCGCGGACAAGUACCGAGGAGGACUCUCAGCCGAAUCCAAAAGCUCCGGUGGCCUGCUGCUGGGUGGGACUUUAUAGCCAAAGACUGACGCGAGUGUCCUCAGGAACGACGCGUGUCCGCUUUCCUCCGACGGUUGUUCUCGCUAACGUGAUCUCUGACCUGUGGGUCGUGCCAAGUGAGUUUCUCCAGCUGACGGCCAUCAGCAUCAAGUGGGACAAAAGGGUCGAGAACGGCGAGAAGUUGCGCGCACGGCGGCCAUGCACUCCUUGGCAGAGGAGAUCAGGAGUUUCUCGCGCGCGCGGCUCAAGCGUCAGUGCACUCGCGUGACGUCCCUGAGCGGUCGCCGCAUCAUCGAGACCUGGAAGGGUUCCGUGGUGACCACGGUGGAGGAGCCCGCCCCCCCGGAGACGGCGCCGGGGUACGUCCCCGACACCGCCUGGGACCUCCAGGUGGGCGCCAUCCGACCUGACCUGCUGCUGGGUUGCCAGGACGCAGCGCACCACUUUGACACGCUGAGGAAGCACAAGGUGUCUCACAUCCUGAACGUGGCCUUCGGGGUGGACGAGGCCUUUCCCGACCUCUUUGUCUACAAGACGCUGAGCAUCCUGGACCGGCCCGAUGCCCCGCUCCUCCCGCACCUGGACGAAUGCUGCCGCUUCAUCCGGCAGGCGCGCCGUGAGAAGGGCGUGGUGCUGGUCCACAGCAACGCAGGCGUGUCGCGAGCGCCGGCCGUGGCCAUCGGCUACCUGAUGACGUGCGAGCGGCGCUCCUUCGACUCGGCCCUGGCGUGCGUCCUUGCCGCCCGACCUGCCGCGCGCCCCAACCCGGGUUUCGUGCGCCAGCUCAGGAGCGUGGACGCAGACCAAAACCAAGAUCAAAACCAAGACCAAGACCAGCAGUGAAGGAAAACGCUUUUUGUCCAUGGUCUUUUUUUGGCAUCGUCUUUAACCUGCUGUCGAUUCAUUCAUUCAUCCAUAUUCAUGCGCAAUAUUGGCCGAAUGCCAAAUUCAAGCUGAUGGCAUCAGUCUAUUCUCUGUGAUUUCAAAAAAAAGAUUGAAAAUCAAAUAAAAUGUGUCAUCAUGAA